CAAACUGUUGUUUCUACCUAUAUGUUUUUAUCUAUGUAAACUUAUAUCUGAGACUCCUAGUAUCUACUUAUUCCCAACCCAUUUAGAUUCAGACUGGAAAGUCCUCUGAGCUUUUUACUUAAUCAAUCAUACCCUACCAAUCCUAAAUACCUUUCCGAUUUGGACAUUUAUAUAUACCACCAGCAUAAUCUCAGUCAAGAAAACCUUAGUCAUCACAUAUCAACAAAAGAGAGAGAUCAAAAUGAAGAUAUUCCAGUGGGUGCAUCGAAAGCUUCGGCAGAAUAGUAUUGAUCCUUUCAAGGAUUUCACACUUGCAAACCCUUGUAGUUGUCUUACACCACAGCCAACAUGUGACAACCAAUACUCCCACAUGAUGCCAAGCUUUGGCUCCAUGAAUCAACCCGGCUUCUUAAAGCCACACCAUCAAGAAAGUCUGACAUCUUAUUCAGGGCUUGAUGUCGAAGGGGAGUCCAAACAAGAAACACCUGCAGCCAUCUCCGAGCUCUUUGAAGGCUUUCUAACAAUUGGAACUCUUGGCACAGAAAUAGUCAACAAUGAACCAGCAACACCAACAUUUCCCAUGCCUAUUGAAGACAUAACUAUGAACAAUGCAGAGGUGACGGAAAAUGAUCUGAAGCUCAUUAGUUAUGAGCUUGAGAAAUUUCUUGAGGCUGAAAAGGAAGAAAGUUUCUAUGAAUCUUCAGGAAGAAACAGCCAAGUAAGCACUAUCACACUUAGUAGCAAGCAAAUAGCUGGAUCUGAAGCUGAAGACAAUGCAAACAAAGCUGUGUGUCCACUGCAAGGAUAUUUAUUGGGGUCAUCACCUGAACUUCCAGAGACAACAGAAGUGAAGAAAGAGAGGGCAUCACUUGCCGAGCUAUUUCAUAGGACAAAGACAAGUCAAGAAUCUAUAGAGACAGGAGAAAAAGGAGAAACACAAAUCAAGCAAACACAAAAGUCUGCCAUGCAUAUUAUGAGAAAGAUGUUGAAAAAAGUCCAUGUCUCUUCAAAAAGCUGUAACACUGCUGCAAGGGAUGAUGCCGCCUCUGCUUCAACCAAUAAAAAGCUCCAUAAGGUUCUAAGAAUGUUUCACAGAAAAGUCUAUCCUGAGAACACUGUAACUGCAAAGGAUUUUGCUAAACCCAACAAAGAUAAGAUUAAGGAUGCUUCUCAUGACUGCUGCCAUGAAUAUCAGAACAGAGACCCCACAAACCCAGACAAAGGCAGAAGAGUUAAUUCGGACACCAAGUCAACAAAGUCUUCCCCAAACUGUGAGCCCAUCUGGAACCCGCCGCAAGAUGGGCUUAGUUGCAGUACUUCAACUACAAACAAUGAGCACUGGAUCAAAACAGAUGCAGAGUACUUGGUGCUGGAGCUGUAGCUACCUAAGCUGUAAGAAAGUGCAAGGCAUUGACAUUGAGCCUCUAUAAUAGACUUGUAAAAUCUACUCUUUCAUAAUACUAUGAUGAUCUUAUGUGUGUACUUCCAAGUGGAAGUGAUGCUGCAUUAAGGUUGUGAGUUUCAUGUAUACAUACUUUAUAUGUAGACAUCAGUUACUUCUACUAUUUUCUUAUUGGUUCUCAUGAAUCAUUCUUCCAUCAAACUCAAGAAAGGCAACUCAUAAUUACAAAGUUUGUUCAGUGCCUAUUAUGUCUGCAUUUUAUCCCAGCUUUAGUAUCGAAGUGGUCAAUCUCGGAUAGUGGUGCAGAGUGGCUGGCCCCAAAAUGCCACCAUGGGAUAGCAAAUUCUGGGAUAGC